GUAAGCUCCGUCUGGAUCUGUCCUGGUUUCCUGCUUCGCCUGCCGUCUCCAUACGCCAUCCAUCCAUCCAUCCAGAUGCCGAGUCUUUUGGGGCUGGCACUGCCCCUCCUGGGGAGCCUGGUGGUCCUCGUGGCACCUGGCAAGGUCCCAGAGAGAGCAGGCAUCGUGGGUGGGCAGCAGGCACCGAGGAACAAGUGGCCCUGGCAGGUGAGCCUCCGCAUGCAGCACAUCUACUGGGUGCAUUUCUGCGGCGGCUCCCUCAUCCAUCCGCAGUGGGUGCUAACGGCUGCACACUGCCUCGGACCUGGAAUCCAGGAGCCAACAGGUCUCCGGGUGCAGCUUCGGGAGCAGAAUCUAUAUUAUGAGGACCAGCUGCGGCCCGUCAACAGGAUCAUCGUACACCCCAGCUACUACACGGCACAGGACGGCGCUGACAUUGCGUUGCUGGAGCUGCAGGAACCUGCGAACUUGUCCAGCCACGUUCAAGUGAUCAACUUGCCACCCCGCUCUGAGACCUUCCCUCCCGGGACCCCGUGCUGGGUGACCGGUUGGGGCGACAUCAAUGAUGAUAUUUCACUCCCGCCGCCUUUUCCCCUGAAGCAGGUGAAGGUACCCAUUGUGGAAAACAGUCAGUGUGACGCCAUGUAUCACAUGGACAUCUCCACGGGUGACAAUGUGCAGAUCGUCAAAGACAGCAUGAUGUGUGCCGGGACCGUCAAGAAGGACUCCUGCCAGGGUGACUCUGGAGGCCCACUGACCUGCCGCAUGAACGGGACCUGGCUGCAGGCGGGCGUGGUCAGCUGGGGCGAAGGCUGUGCCCACCCCAACAGGCCAGGAAUCUAUACCCGAGUCACCUCCUUCUUGGACUGGAUCCACCAGUAUGUGCCCAAGGAGCUCUAAGCCCAGGA